UGCGUGAUUACGGUUGAAGACAAACGGCUAAGGAAUAUGGUUAAUGCUUUUAUUUGGUUCUUUUUGAGCUUGUGGCGUCUGUUUGACAUGUCAGAUGCAGUGAAGUCAGUGUCAGUGAUGGAGGGAGAUUCUGUCACUCUAAACACUGAUGUCAUUGAAACACAGAAAUAUUUGUACAUACAGUGGAUGUUUGAAAGCACUCGAAUCGCUGAAGUCAGCAGACUCACACAAACCAGCUUGACGUAUGAUGGUCCUGAUGAGAAAUUCACUGACAGACUGAAACUGGAUCAAACUGGAUCUCUGACCAUCACAAACACCAGAAUCUCAGACUCUGGACUUUAUAAAGUAACAGUUAUCAGCAAAGAGGCCAGCUACAUGAGUUUCAAUCUCACAGUCUAUGAGUCUGCUCAAAGUACUUCAUCAACAGAAAGAUCAUCAAGCUCCAACUUUUUCUCGUCCAGCUGUGCUGUGAACAAUUCAUCCGUCAUCCAGACUCAGGAUGCCAACAUUACUGAACUCUAUCAGCCAAGUUCAGACCACAUCCACUGUUGUGGUUUCACUGAAGCUGUGAUCCGAUUGGUCGUCUCUGCUCUGGUGGGCGUGGCUACUGUUGCUGUGCUGGUUUAUGACAUCAGAUCUACAAGAAGUGAGCUGACCAGAGAAGAAGAGACCAGACAUCACUGUCAGACUCCUGGAGUCAAACCAGACCAGCAGUGUGAAAUGAGCAGAAGCUUUAGUUCCAGAUAUGUUUGCUGAAGUUUACUGGUAUAAUCAUGAAAAUAAAACAUG